AAACUAUGGGCAAAGACUGCCAUGUAACUGUUUUCAAGUUUUGUUGUGGUUUAUGUCAGUUGUACACAAGGUCUUGAGAGUGGCUGUUGCAAAUCCUGUGUCACAGACUUAGUGCAGAAAGUUCGACCGCAGCAUGGAUGGUAAAAGGAAAAGAGCGCCAGGAACGAGUGUGGUGCCUGUUGUAAUUUGUGCGCUUGCUCUACCCUUGUCAAUGCUUCUGUGGAUUGGAAAUUUUGCCAUUUCGUUCUUCAUGUCCAGCGCGGAGAGCGAUCCAUACAGCGAUGGUAGAAUUUUUUCAGCGCCUGAUGGUGCCUUUUUUCCCUGUUUUAGUAGUCUCCCCGUUUUUACAAAUGGAUUUGAAUAAAAAUUUUAAAUACCGGCUGUUUUUCGUGGCGGAUGAAUAUGGUCCUGUGAUUCCUCCUACAAGAUGGCUUGCAUCAGUAGUGAUUCCACUGACAGUAGCUGCUUGGGGACUUCGUAGGAAGAGCUUGGACAGAAGUGGAGCUAUAUUGGGAGUAAUUGUUGGAUUUGUGCUGACAUUGACUAGUUACUGCUUCUUAGCAUGCCUGUUUACAUUUUUUGUGACAUCUUCAAAGGCUACAAAAUUCCGUGCAGAGAGGAAACGCAAACUGCAAGAUGAUUUCAAAGAAGGAGGCCAGAGAAAUUGGAUCCAAGUGCUAUGUAAUGGUGGCAUGGCAACACAACUAGCAUUGCUGUACCUUCUGGACUCUGGUUGUGGUGAAAGACCUGUGGAUUUUCUCAGGGAUUACCGUUCCUCGUGGCUAAGCCUUGGAGUGUUAGGGGCAUUUGCCUGCUGUAAUGGGGAUACUUGGGCUUCAGAAUUAGGAUCUGUAAUAGGUACUGCUGAACCAUUUCUCAUAACAUCCAGAAAGAAGGUCCCCAGAGGUACCAAUGGAGGCAUUACAAUUGCUGGGCUUGUGUGUAGUCUGCUCGGUGGGACUGUUAUUGGCAUAGCCUACUACUUUACUGUCUUGUACACAGUGGAUCCAAGCAUCCUGGAAAAGAGUCCCUCUCAGCUGCCACUAAUUGCUGCAGGGGCUUUUGCUGGAUUAGCUGGAAGUAUUUUUGACUCAAUUUUGGGAGCUGUUUUUCAGUUUUCUGGUCUUGAUGAACGGACUGGAAUUGUGGUGGAACAUCCUGGCCCUGGUGUGAAGCACAUAAGUGGGUAUCAGUUGUUUGAUAACCACAGUGUUAAUCUUAUUUCAAGCAUUGUACUGGGACUUGUUACUCCUCCUGUAGCAAACUGGUUGUGGCCAUGACAGGAAGACAACUUUCCCUGGGCUCAUUUCGAGUCUGAGUGAAAGGUGUCAUUGAAUUUGUCAAAGGAUGAAACUGACUUUCUGUGAGAAAGGCUUGGUUAUCAAGAAAAAAGAAGAAAAGAAAUUACAUUACAGAUUUGAAGUGUGUCUAAAAUCUAUCAGAACAAUGAGGAGAAGUCACAAAGGUAUCCAUUCCUAUGCCAUGUCAGCUUCAGAGGAACUGCUGUUUAGCAUUUUGAGUGAUAGUGACCCCAUCCAAGUGUUUAGUAAGAACAUUUGAACUUUGGACCUCUCUUAGUCUCAUUAACUCUUUCAGAAAUUCUUCUAACUGCUUUUUAGGUCAGUUUAUCUCUUUUGCAACAUAAUUACUUUUGGUUACCUUUUCAGUUUUGCAUGUUCCUUGUAGCUAAUCAAGUUUUCAGACUUCAUGAGCAAACACUAACAAAGGCAGACCUUCAUCUCAGGAAACAGAAAAACCAUUGCUAUAUUACUCCAUACUGUCACCAAUUACUAAUGAGUAUCCCCAUGAAUGAUUCAUAUUUGAAGUGUGUAUAAUGUUACAUAACUAUGACAUUAAGUUAUUAAGCAUAUGUUUGACUAUCUUGUAUUAGAAAAAGCCAUUGUCCAUUGCAAAAAACUUAAUGAAGUUCUGUGAUUACCGCAAAGUUGGAACACCAAAUUAAAAUCCCAUUCUAAAAUUAUCCACUUAUUCUGUAAGCAUGUUUACUUUCCUAGUGUUUGUACAGUGCUGUUUUGUAUAUUUGUAUUUGCUGCUUCAAUUAUGUGGUGUGACUUGUUUGGAGGCUACAGUUUUUUAGGGACCAGAACUUUUAUAUCAUCCAUUAUUUUUCUUAAUUAUUCUGAAAAACACUAGGUGGUGAUGUGCACAUCUCAAGUAGAGAAAUGGAAAAUGAAAAAAAAACUUCAUCAGAAAUACACAAUUGAUUAAGAAGGGAGCAUCUACUUUAAAUUUGGUUAUUUCAUUCAUAACAAAAUGCUGUCAAUAGUGUGUUAAAUUCUGUAGCAGCAGAAGAAUGGAAGUGCCUUGUGGUUACCUAUGCUUCAUCACAAGAAAGACAAAAUCCACUUUCUACAGUUUAUACUGGUUUACAAAAGACAUGUUCAAUAGCACAAGAAUGGAUUAUCUAGUUUUAUAGGUGAUCAUGUGUACUAAUCAGUUUACUUACUUCAGUGACUAGCUCCAUGCAAAAGAAAUUCAGAGGAAUAAAUGUGAUAGUGGAAUGUGAUUGUAUUCAAAAUAUGUACAGUGUCUCUUGGCAUUCUAUUAGUUUGCUAGUCAUAUCUGUUGUUUUUAAAACUGUGCAGCUAUUUACAUUGUAAUUCUGCUUUUAGUGCAGAUAAUUUUGUUUUAAAUAAAGUGUUAAUAUUGUUCAUCUAUAUGAAACUUUAUCUUUACUGUCUGAGCAUGCAUUAGUUCUUGGCUACAUGUGCCACCCAUUAAAUAACCAGCAGAUUGCAACUGCUGCAGUUACACAUAAAGAGCAGUUUUUGAUGUCACGGUGUUCUUUCUGACACACACACACACACACACACACACACACAUUGGGCUUGCAUUCGGGGGGAUGGCGUCUGUGUCCAUUUAUCUUGAUUUAGGUUUUCCAUUAUUUUCCUAAAUCACUCCUGGCAAAUGCUGUUUCCUUUGCAAGUGCAUGGCCAAUUUCCUUCCCCAUCUUUGAAACAACUUGAGCUCUGUCUCUAAUGACCUGAAGAUUGACAGGGCGUUAAAUCCUAAGACUGCCAAAAAUUUUUAUAACGGGAAAGCCUAUGCAGUCAACUCAGAACUAACAUUGAUAAUCAUGCAAGUAACUGUUUCUGUUGCCAUUCAUAGAGUAUUUUUUUCUGUUUUACAUAUCUAAUGUCCAAUAAAAGCCCUCUAUUAAUUUUAUUUGAACUUUCUUCUUAAGGCAACACACUUUCAGAUAAAAAUGAUGUUACAAAGCCAAGCGAAUGUACUAUCUAAUUCAUUUGGAAUCAAUGAUUUCAAUUUACUUUUCACCUUCAAAAUCCUCUCUCAUAAGUCACAAAAUAUUCAGUUUCUUAUUUGUACAUAACUUUACAAUAAACUUGCAUGAACAGUUGUUUAAAUGUAUUAGCAGGCUUCCAAACUGUAAUCAGUUACAGCAGUUUUGUGGCUUAUAUAGCUUCAAGUUUAUAUUCAGCAAAAUAUUUAGACAUAGCUUGUGCAUGAUAUUGACAAAAUUAAUUUAAAACUAAGUGAAAUGAUAAAAAUUACCUUAAGACUAUUGCAUGCAAAUUUUUAAGACCUAUUGUUAAUUGAUGUCUCUCAAAUCUGAGUAACGUUUAAUCUUAUGCAAGAUCUGAUAGUGGCUACAUCUUCUUUUUGCAUAGAAAAAUACUAUCACCUAGCCAAAUGAAUAUGAUAUGAUAGCAUUUCCUAAUGUUAAUUUGCAGAAAGGUGCUGAAACAUAUUUUAUUAGGUUUUUACACAAUAAUAUAAAAGCUCUAGAUUAAAUGCCUACAGAUUUUUUUUUUUAUUUUCGUCAUUGUACAAAAUAUUGUGAUAGUUCUUGAAUAAUUGAAAUACAGUCUA